UCGCCCGCCCCGCCUUAGCUCCCGCGCUAGAGAGAAACAUGUAUCGUUUCCGAUCACAGCUCUUCACGGGGAUUUCUGCUGCCGCCACCGCCCAUUUUUACCCCCGCCGCUUCUCGCCUCUGUUGUUAGCCGAAGACUCGCCUCUCAGCCGCCCGCCUCACAGACGUACGAGUAGAAAGUGCAGCUCCAUCGGCUGA